AGAAAGGUGCCAAGUUGUGAGAGGAGCUCGGCAGGCUGAGAAGCAUCUAGGAAUCCGAGCGACAGGUCGAUGCGUGGUAUCAUGCGCUGGCAUGGGCUGAGCAGCCCUGCCUUAAGUCCUGGCAAGGGGGUGGGUGGUAAAGUGGCUUCCAACCCCAAACCAUCAUAACUGAUGGACUCGCAGGAAAAGGGAGGCUGGAGCCUUGUCUUUGCUUGGAGCAGAGCGCGGCGUCUCCCCGUUGCCCCGAGGUGCCCCUGUGCAACGGAUAUGGUGCUCUGGGCCUCAAAAUGGAGAGGGUGCCAACAACAACCAAGGCAAUGGCCCAGACAUGGCAACAGAGCGUGGAGCUAACGGAAAGUGGAGCGGGGGGCUCUGGGGCUCACCCCCUCUGGAAGGUGUGGAGCAGAACACGGGCUCGGUUCGUGCAGAUAAAUAACGGUCUGUAAGGAAGCUCUCUAAGGCGUACGGCGUUACACAGAGCCUGGGCUGCUUUUGCAGUCGCACAGCUCCUGGGUGCCCCAAGGCUGCUGCACCCCACGACCCCCGGCCUCGCGGUGCGUGCCGUGCCCGGCGUCCUGGAGCCCCGUGCCGAGCCCAGCCGCGUGUCGGGGGCUGAGUGACGGCGACAGGAGGUGGUGGCACCCGGUGCCAGUCCCGUCCCUGCCCUGCCGCAGGCCGCGCUGCGCCCCAGGUCUGCCAUGCUCGCCCUUCCCCUCCUCGUCCUCCUGGCCUCCUCCAGGGGAGGCCCAGCGGCCGGCCUGGACAUCACAGCCCGCACGCUCUUCCCGUGCUACUCUGCUGACCUCAAGCCGGCGUCCGAGGUCCUCGUCUCGGCCAGCGGCUGCACCGUGCUCUUCAGCGUCGAGCCGCCCCCAGCCGGCACAACGGCGUCCUGGGAGUACGAAUCCGGCCCGCGCAAGGCGGUCAUCGCCACGUACGUUCCCAACGAGUCGGCCAAGAUCUCCCGCAUCUACGAGGGCCGCGUGAGCUUCAACGAGAUGGACUUCUCGCUGCAGAUGGUGCUGCGGUGGUGGGACGGGGGGCUCUACCGCUUCCGCUCCGAGUCGGAGGCCACGGGCUGGUUCGAGCUGCGCGUGGUCGAGCCGCUCUCCAAGCCAGAAAUCCUGGGCAACUCGUCGGUGGAGGUGGGAGGUGACACCAAGCUUUUCUGCAGCUUGCUGGAGGGGCAGGUGGACUUGUACUGGUGGAAGAGGAACGGGGAGCUGCUGAUGGAGAGCAACGGCCUCCAGUUCAUCCACAACAACACGCUGGAGAUCCACCGAGCCUUGAUGAACGACACCGGCUACUACACGUGCAUAGUCAGCAACGCGGUCAGCCGGAACGAAACCUCCUUCCUGCUGCGCGUGCACAGCAAUGACAAGGAGUUUUUACCCAUCAUCCUGGUGUUUGUGUGCAUCGGCUUGCUGGCAGGUGAGUGCUGGGACCAGCUUCGCAGGAGUGAAGCACCCAAACUGGGGCUCAAGGAGUGA